AUGUCUGCCUUUCACCACCAUUCUGCGGAAGAACCCUUGUGCAUCAUCUGGGAUUGCGACGGUACUCUUCUUGACACGGAAACGCAGUCCUCGCAUAUCAUUGCGGAUAUUAUGGAAUCUGUGAAGCCUGGAGCAAGAGAGAUCGAAUUUGCGAAUCACAGCUUGAUUUGUGGAAUGCCAACGGAGUUGUGGGUUCGAUGGAUGAUGGACAAAGCAGAAUUGGACGGCUUGAUUGAUCCCGAGGACUUUGCAAAUCGGUACGUCGAAGGGAUGAAGAAAGCUGCCCCCACGUUCAAGAAGCUGAGAGGAGCCGAGUCGUUGACUCGCUUCUUCUUUGAACACGGAGUGAAGCAAUAUAUGGCAACCUCAACUCCUCGUUCCUUAAUUGGAUCCAAGCUGGCUCCUCACAAGGAAAUGAUCGAUCGUUUCGAAGCGAUCGUGACGGCUGAGGAUGUUAAAAAUGGAAAGCCCGCUCCGGACAUUUUCUUAAAGGCAGCGUCGAUCGCCGGAAUUCCUCCAGAGCACUGUAUCGUGUUCGAAGACUCUCCGCUGGGAGUGAAGGGAGGUCUUGCAGCCGGAAUGAAAGUCGUCGCGAUUGCCUUUCCUGGAAGCGACUUGUCGAAGUUUGACGGAGCCUGCCAAAUUGUGGAGGAUCUCUCGCAGUUUGAUUCGGUUCCAUUUGGACUCGAGAAGUAUGUUUGCGACGAAGAAUAGUCAAUUUAUGAUGUUGUAA